CCUCGUGUUCCUUCCCUUUUCUUUCGCUUCUCAACCUGUUGUGUGACUGAUAACGCAAGCGAAAAGGAAUCUCUACUUUACAUUUGAAAUGUAUUUAUAUAUAAGAAAACUCGCUCAUACCCGUUCAUUCCAUCAUCAACGGUUUGAAACCCACCAAAAUUCAGUUGAAUUUCGCGUCUCUUAAAAGAAAAAAAAAAAAAAAAGAAGGUAAUCCUAGAAACCGUGCGUUUAUAUACGUUUCUCAAAAUCAAAUCUCAACUAUACCUCCGCUCAAAACAUAAUCAACCAAAUUUCUUCCAAUCGUCUUUCACAUUUCUUUAAAUUUCUCCUUCAUCGCCACUAUAGCAAUGUCUUCUACUCCAAUACUCCCAGUCUCAACAUCGGAGCCCAACGCCGAAUCUAAACCUUCCACCACCACCCCGAAUAUCCGCUACAUUCUCACGCGCAUCUCCGCUUCUGUCCGCCACGCUCUCUCUCACUGCCGUCCCUGGACCGAGCUCUUUGACCAUACUGCCUUCGCUAAACCAGCCUCCUUCUCCGAUGCCACCUCACGACUACGCAAGAAUUUCUCCUACUUCCGAGCCAACUACCUCACCAUACUCGCGGGUGUACUCGCCUUCUCACUCAUUUCCCACCCUUUCUCCCUCAUAAUCCUGCUGUCACUCAUCUCGGCGUGGCUUUUCCUCUACGCGCUGCGGCCCUCGGACCAGACACUGGUGAUAUGGGGCCGAACGUACUCGGAUAGAGAAACGCUGGCGAUGUUGGUGGCAUUAACUGUGGUGGUGAUAUUUUUGACGAGCUUGGGAUCACUAUUGAUAUCCGGAAUCAUGAUGGGGCUGGGGAUUGUGUCAGCCCACGGUGCCUUUAGGAUGCCGGAGGAUCUAUUUCUUGAUGAACAGGAGCCGUUGAGUUCGGGGUUGUUCUCGUUUGUUAGCGGUGCUGCUUCAUCUGCUGCUACCGCCGCCGCCGCCGCGGCUCCUGCUAUUGUGUCGCGCGUAUGAGCAUUUAAUUUACGGGGUUCUCUAUUUUACUACGAUUCAUUGCUUCUGUUCUUUUUAAGGAAUUAGGAUUGUGGAUCUAACUUCUUGGGCAGAUAUGGAUCUACGAAGGAUUUUAGAUUUUUCUUGUAACGUGGAUUAUUUGUUGUUGUUGUUGUUUUUUUUUUUUAUUAUUUAUUUUUUAUGGCAGGAUUUAUUACAUUAAGCAUCGUAUGAAGUUGUAUGACGCUACAUACAACUUUGUUUUAA